UCAUCUCAGUCAUGUCUCCUGAUUAUCGAUGCUCCUUUUGUAACCAAACCCUCUGUCCUCGUGGUAUCGGGCCCCACAGUGAGGGCCACACCUGGGCACACAGUGAGCUUCACCUGCGAGUCCCACGGCUUCUCCCCCAAAGAUAUCACCCUGAAAUGGUUCAAAAAUGAGAACGAGCUCUCAGACUUCCAGACCAACGUGGACCCCGCAGGAGAGAGCGUGUCCUACAGCAUCCGCAGCACAGCCAGGGUGGUGCUGAUCCCCAAGGACAUUUUCUCUCAAGUCAUCUGUGAGAUGGCCCAGGUCACCUUGCAGAGGGACCUUCUUCGUGGGACUGCCAACUUGUCUGAGGCCAUCCGAGUUCCACCCACCUUGGAGGUUACUCAACAGCCCAUGAGGGCAGAGAACCAGGCAAACGUCACCUGCCAGGUGAGCAACUUCUACCCCCAGAGACUCCUGCUGACCUGGUUGGAGAAUGGAAAUGUGUCCCAGACAGAAACAGCUUCGACCCUCACAGAGAACAAGGAUGGUACCUACAACUGGACGAGCUGGCUCCUGGUGAACACCUGUGCCCACAGGGAUGGUGUGGUGCUCACCUGCCAGGUGGAGCAUGAUGGACAGCAAGUGGUCAGCAAAAGUCAUACCCUGGAGAUAUCAGUGCACCAGAAGGAGCAGGGCUCACAUUUCACCCAUGACGCAGUUACUUCCCAUUUUUAAAUUUUGUCUUUUUCUUUAAUGUUAAAAGCAAUAUUCAUGCUUGUCAUAAAAUAAGCUGGAAGUCUAUAAAUAUAAAGUAAAAUUUUAAGGUCAGCUUCAUGCUCCCAAAUCCUACACUCCACAGGUCACCACUACUUAGAAGGUUCAAGGUAGCAAUUGGCAAUUUGCAAACACCCUUAAGACCCAUCUACAAGGAGAAACUGUGCGUCAAGAGUUUGAUGCACAACUUAAUUGAUCUUUCAGCGUAAAUAUACAUUAAAGGAAAAAGGAGAGA